AUGUCAAUCACUACCAGAACCGACGUUGUGCAGCACGGCUUCCCGACCUCGGGUACCGUUCCGAAGAUGUUGAAGCUCUACAAUACCCUACUGAAGAGACGGGAUCACACCACAGGACAAAGCAUGUCUACAUUUCCAGGCCACAGAGGUGCAACUGUCAAUGUGGAUCAUCUGGCUCGGACUGGGUCAACUCACGAGGUCAAACCCCGUAAAAAGGAAGACAGCACCCCCAUGAGUCCCCGGAUUGCUAAGUCCACAUCGGGCAAGUGUAUGGAAUCUCCAGCGGACCUAAGCCGAUGUACCGAUGUUUAG